CUGCAUUGCGUUUUCUGCAGUGGCAGCAAUGAGUGUCUUAAAAGUUCUAGCCGUGUUUGGGGCUCUGGCAAUUGCCGAUAGGGCAGCUUCCACUACCUGUCCGUACGCGAAUAGUGACGAACUCGAACAGUAUUCAACUUCAAAAUUAAAGAGAAACUCGGGAAGUUUUCCUUUCGAAGUUCGUCCUGCGAUCAGUGACUCAAGCUUGGACGCGUUGCUGAAGGAGUAUCUACCGAAAUACAAUACCAAUUCGGCUACUAGUCCCAGCAGAUGGUCGCCUUUGUCGGGUUUUUCGAAGCCUGUAAGGUGUGGCACACCGCCGUCGAAUUGCCUGAAUGAUACGAGCAACUUGCACUACCGAAGCAUUGAUGGAUCAUGCAACAGCUUGCUUUACCCCGAACACGGAAUUGCUGUCUCUAGAUACGGGCGCCUGCUGCCUCCGAAAUACGUGAAACCAGUACAGGCGUUACCCAAUGCGCGGCUCAUCUCCCUUUCACUGUAUGGUGAACAUACGAGAAACGACAAUUUCAGGACCAUGGCGGCAAUGCAGUGGGGCCAGUACGUGGCUCACGAUGUCAGUCAACUGUCGACCAGGGGUGCACCUAAAGACUGCUGUGCUGAGCCUCAUCAUCAUCGUUGCCAGCCGAUUGCUCUGCCGCGCGGUGGGCCCAUCGCAUACAACACUGGUAAAACUUGCCUCCACUUUGCUAGCAGCGUUUCGGACGCGGAAGCCAUUUGCCCGAAGGACGGUGCACCAUAUCCCGAGAAGCUUACACUUUCCACCGCCUAUCUCGAUCUGUCAUCUGUGUAUGGAAAUUCUCAACGUCAGAGUCGGCAAGUGCGUUUAUUCAAGGGAGGUCGGCUCCGCACCAGCUACGUAAACGGUCAGCACUGGUUACCCGUGAGCCAGAACCAGAAUGGUGAGUGUGGUGCCAGGAACGAGUGCUACAUUAUGCCAGAUAGACGGAACCGCUUCUUACCCACCAUCGCACUUCUGCAGACACUGUUUGUGCGUGAACAUAAUCGAUUGGCUGAGAACAUAGCGAUCCUGAAUCCGCACUACAACGACGAGCGCCUCUACCAGGAAGCUCGCAAGAUCAAUAUUGCACAGUACCAGAAGAUAACCUAUAACGAUUGGCUGCCCCUAUAUCUGGGUAGUACAUACACCUAUCUCAAUGGUCUAAUCUAUCCGGUGGACCCUACUGAGUAUGUCAAUGAUUACGACGAAUCCGUAAAUGCUGCUGUCUAUGCAGAGUUCGCUUCGGCCGCUUUUCGUUACGCGCACACCCAGGUUCCCGGUUGGUUUUCACUUGUUGCUCCAAAUCGCAGUUCCAACCAGACACUGCGCCUAAGUGACCAUUUCGAGCGACCUGAGAUUAUUCGCUUGUUGGACUCUAGUGAUAACUUUGAUGCAUUAUUGAGAGGCUUGGCAACGCAACUUCAUAAACGUGCCGAUGGGAGUAUCGAUCGGGAAAUCAAACACUACUUUAAUCGAAAGGAGUUCGAGGAAUACGGUUCUGAUCUCAAGUCACUGGACAUUCAACGUGCCCGAGACUUUGGGCUAGCCUCCUACAACGACGUCCGUGAGUUUUGCGGACUGCGGCGAGCCGUCGAAUGGGCAGAUUUGAUCGCCGAGAUACCGAGAGAGAAAAUCUCUUUGUUGAAAAAGCUAUAUGCAACUCCUGAUGAUGUGGAACUGAGUGUGGGUGGUUCGCUGGAAUACCAUGUCCCUGAAGCACUUUACGGUCCGACUCUGUUGUGCAUUAUUGGCAAACAAUUUCUAAACACGCGUCGCGGGGACCGAUUCUUUUUUGAACGAGAUCACAGUGGUGGUUUCUCGCGCACGCAACUGGCGGAGAUUCGUAAGGCAAGUUUAGCAAGUUUGUUCUGCAACAAUGCGAAUUAUUUGCGUGACAUCCAGCAGAACGUAUUCGUAUUUCCGAAUUAUCAUAACUUGAUCCUCAAUUGCGAUGAGAUACCACAAGUUGAUCUCAGCAAAUGGCAAGAUAUCCACUAGAAAAUCAAAGUUCUAUAUAUUUGAAAUUCUAUAAGGAGCGAUUUAUUUGUUUAUGCACGUGCGACUUUUUAACUAGUUUUUCUUGUUAUAUUUUAAACCAUGUAAGGCUGCCGCACAUUAAUAUAGCUAUUAGAAUAGCAACAAUAAAGUUUAUGACUA